ACGGUGCCUCGAUUCAAAGUGAUCUUGAUAAUCUUGAGGAGUGGUCGACUUCUUCUGGACUUGUAUUUAAUCAAAAUAAAUGCAAAUGUCAGAGAAUUACCAGGAAAAAAACUACCACCGAAUUCCCCUACACCAUCAAAAACUAAAACCCUCGCAGUAACAACAGAGGAGAAAGAUCUUGGCGUUUGGGUUACUAGUAAUCUGACAUGGUCCAAACACACCCUAGAUCGAUGUGCCGCAGCCAAUAGGAUGCUCGGGUUCGUACGUAGAUCUGCAACGGAAAUCACGGAUAAAAGGAUUCGCCGUGCAUUGUAUUUGGCAGUUGUGCGACCAGCGCUGGGCUACGCCACUCAAGUGUGGUCGCCGCAGUCGGUGGAGCUCAUCAACCGAGUGGAACGUGUUCAACGCCGAGCUUCAAAGUUUAUUCUAGGCCUCCCAUUCAUGUGUGACGUAUCCUAUAAAGACAGACUCAUUUCGACAGAACUUCUUCCCCUCUCAUUUUGGCAUGAAUAUUUAGACUUAAUGUUUUUCUUCAAAGCUAUUACUGGCAUUGUAUCGAUAUCUCAAAAUUCCUUACCUGAACGUAUUGCUCCU